AUGAAUAAUUUAAUUAUACCACCUUCGAUUUCCAAAUGCCCUGUUGAUGGUAAUCAUAAUGUGGACGACAAAUUCAAGCUCUUCCACGAAAUUUCCAAUAAUAAAUCCUCGCAAAAACCUCCUUGUGAUCACUGUGAUGUAUCAAGAGAACGAGUAAAAACUCUCAAUGAAAGUGUUGGAAGAGUUGAAGCUCUAAUGAAUGCGCUAGCAAAAACUACGACCGGCGCUGAAUCGUUAAAUAAUUAUACAGCGGUGUAUUAUUCGGAGGAUAAACCCGACGAAGAAGAGAUGAAUAAAAAUAUUAGUAACGAGAAUAUCGGUAUAAUAAAUAAUCAAGAUCUUUCUAAGUGUAGUUUUGAAGAUUUGAAGAAUCUCGCUAGUCUUGCAUAUAGUAUUUUUUUCCCAAUUGCUAGCAAUUCUUUCCCUUCAGUAAGUAGUCCUUCAGUAAAGUAG